CUUUGUUCCUUAUCUACGUCGGGCGUUGACUUAAGCAGCUGCGGUUCCAUCUUCGUUCAGUCCAUCCAUGACAAAUCCUCCUCAAUUUCACCAUUUCCGCAAUAAAGAAACCGCCCACCACCACCUCCACUUCCUCAAGAUCCCCUCCCUUCCGGUCAACGCCCACCCAAAUCCGAAUCUUGGGAUCAGGGGUUCGCUCUGCGGUGCCUAACUUCAAAUGGGUCGCAAGCAAAACGACGCGGAGCCCGGCCGGUACGCCACUCUGAUCCUGCUCUUGAUCGGAGUGAUCUCAUGCACUCUGGUCUACACUUUGGCGACCGUCGCGUUCGGGCCCGGUUGGGGCAAUUUGAGCUGGGAUCCUCUGAAACUGACCGGGGAGAUCGGUUCAGGCGAUACUGCGGAGGUCGAAUUCGGGGUGGGGAGUGGGGAGUGUUGCAGAGGGAUUGAUAAUUUGGAGCUCUGGGGCCCGGCGGUGAAGUGGGGCUCCGAUUUCAAGUUCAAUUCUUCGGUGGGGUGUUGCAGGGCUUGCAAGGCGAUGUGCGGCGGGAAUGACGGGCCGUGCUUGUGCGAUACGUGGGUGUAUUGCGGUAAUAAGGAGGCGUGCGGGUCGAAAUUCGGUGAGUGCUGGUUGAAGAAACAGAAGGACUCCUUGGCUCCUGAUCGUCAGGAGGCAGGACAAACAGUUAUCUGGACCUCUGGCCUUGUAUACGGGAAAGGAGAGGGAAUAAUUGGCUUGGAAACAGAAUACGGUACCAUGCAUAUUAAGCUUUAUCCUGAUUGUGCCCCGCACUCAGUUUCUUAUAUCCUUGAGUUGUUGGCAUUGCGGCACUGUGCUGGUUGCCAAUUUCAUCGCGCAGAGAGUAGAGGGCAGUUUUGGGAUUUGCAAGGCAAUCACGUCCCAAAUGCCCCAUUUGGCCCUCCAUUUGCGCUGAUUCAAGGGACCCUAGAAGCUCAGGGAACUCCAUUUAGGAAGGCCCGGAAGGAAGCUUGCCCGACCAUAAAGAGGGGGACCGUUGCAUGGGUCGGGUCGGGGCCCGAGUUCUUUAUAAGCUUGGCGAAGCACGAAGAGUGGAGAAGGGAGUACACUGCCUUUGGUGCAGUCCUUCCUGAAGACAUGAGCAUCGCGGAGAGAAUCGCUCAGCUCCCGACUAAACCGGAGGUUUGGAACAACAUCAAUGUCUCUGUGCUGGAGAAACCGGUCCCUCUGGUCUUGCGAAGGAUCAAGAUGAGCAACGGUGAUGUCAGGGGUGAAAGCUGAAUCGAAAUGAAGUCGGACACAGUAGAAAUGAUGGUGUGUUACCAGCGGUUGCCAUCUUCGGGCGUCGACAAGUUCCUUCGCACAGUGUGGAGUUGUAAUCAAUUCUGGCUGUCCAGGUUGGAGAAA